CGACUUUUUGGAACGCCUCAUCACCUUCACGGCAAAGCAGUACCAACUCGCCUCCGCGCCCGCAACCACACACUUGACAGGCACAACAAACCAGCACGCCACGACGACAUCUCGAUCCGCACGAGCACUCAGCGUCCGAGAGCCGCAACUUCCGGCCAUGUCAAUCGUCUCGGCCCUCAAGGGCGACCUGCCCCAGCAGGCUCGAUCGCUGUAUCGGCAACUUCUCCGCUCCGGUGCCCAGUUCCAGUCCUACAACUUCAAAGAGUACGCCCAGAGGCGGACGAGAGACGCCUACCGCGAAAACCAGCACGUCGAAGACCCCCGGCAGAUCCAGGACCUGAUACAAAAGGGCUUGAAAGAACUCCAGAUCAUCCAGCGGCAAACAACCAUCGGCCAAUUCUUCCAGAUUGACCGGUUAGUCGUGGAGGGAGGCAUGCAGGGCAAGGAGACUGGCAAGUCAGGAGAGAUCACAAGGCAGAAGGACACUGGUUGGGACUAGAGGAAUUCUCGACUCGUUCAGAGGGAUUUCCUGAUUGUGUCAGGCUGUAAUACAAAUAUUGUAUCAAUACACUACUCUCACCGAUCUCUGUGAAUAAAGAUUGCGAUGUGCUGGAAAACGGCUAGUGGUCAAAAUCUGUGGUCAUAAUCUCUGGAGGCCAAGCAUAUUAAGAAGUCGAACAUGACCGACAAAUCCGUAAUUACUUCUUGUUUGUGGAGCCUGUUUGUGUUUGGCAGAACCACGAUAUUGUGAUGAAGUGUCGCAUGAACAAUCGUAUCUACCAUCGGCGUAAAUGGACAGCAUUUCGACCAUUCAUUCCACCAGGCGAAGCCGAGAAUGGCACUAUGCUCAGAGCACCAGAGGGAGCAUCUACAUAGUACAUGAUAUUGAAACACGCUGGCUCAGAAUAUGCGUGUAUUCGGUACAACCUUCAAGUUGUAAAUAAAUCCUGAGGGACUGACUG